CCAAAUCGACUGACAUUGAUACUGGUUACCGCCGAGGAGUAUUAGCCAUUAUCCUUGCCGUCUCAUCUAGAGCUAUUGACAAGGUUCCUCGUGGAAUGCUCCGCCGCCAGGUAUACACUCGUCAUCGCUCCACCCACACGGUUCAGCUAUCAAACACCCAUCAACGCUUAUCGGGUCCCUCGUAUCCGCUAAACCAACUCAACUGCAACUCUUGCAGGAACCGCUUCCAACACAUUUACCGGCAACCGUCUAAUGGAUGGAGCCAGCGCAUAAGGAGUCCGGCCCGGAAUCUUGGCCGCAACCACUCCGCUCCGUCUCCCCUACACCCUCCGAUAUCACAAACGACGACCACGUCACCGGCAUCGACAACAACGUCGCCAACAAUGACACCCCCACAAUGCCUGAUUCCGUGUUAGCGACCUCGUUCAACACCGGCAUUAGCGUCAGCAAUGGCACCGUCCUCCCACAACCAGACAAAACACGCUCUUCUCCGCCGACGACAAGGGACCGCAGCGUGUCUGGAGUAGUUCCGCCCUACUGGACUCAUUAUCGAAAUCCGUCGCGGUCAUCGCAGAUGUCGGUCGAGCAACCAUUGGGGAUUACGUUGGAGGAUCAUACGGAGGAUCCGAAUUCGGAGACGAGUCGGGGGCUGUGGGCGCAGAGCGUUGCUGUUGAAAAUCAUGCGGUUGUACACGGGAAGAACGGAGUUGGGGACUAUGUGGUGUGGCAUUGUAGGAUACAGACACUAGAUGGAGGCCCGAUUGUCAUUCGCAUGAGAUACUCGGAAUUUGAUACUUUACGGCGACAGCUGUUGCUGGCAUUCCCACAUGCAAAGAAUGCGCUCCCCGCUCUACCACCGAAGAGCGUCCUAUUCCGGUUCCGACCGUCAUUCCUUGAAUCUCGCCGUAUCGGAUUAGAAUAUUUCCUCAAUUGCGUCCUUCUAAACCCAGAAUUCUCUGGUUCUCCCAUCGUCAAGGACUUUCUCUUCGGUCGAGUGGGGUAGGUUGAGUAUAUAUUCUAGAGGGUCUCUGUCAUGAUGUUACGUUAUAUUGUCUGUUCUUUUUGUAAUAUUGCAUGGGUGUGAUUGGAGCAAGUGUUUGGGGGAUUCGUUCGCUUUCCGUUGAUAGAUAAUGUUUUACCAUCUGUAAGUAUUUAAUAUGCUACGAGGGAGGAGUUCAAGUUCAAAAUUGCGCAAAAUACAGACAUCAGUUUGAAUUCUCACAUGCCAGACUACUAUUUUUACUUCCCACCAUUUCCGAUCAUUGUAGCAACCUCAGCAUCCCAAUUCUGAUGAUACUCUGUCGCCUUCUGCAUACUCCGCGAAUACUCCUUCCCAGCUAUCAGCCACCACGCAACCUCAAUUACCAAGAAACCCCCAAC